GAGGUAUCACUUUGUCCACAAGGGGGCGCCAGAAUCGAUACAAAACAAAAGUUCCUCACAGCAGCUUUAACAACCCAAACCGUGGCUCUCUUUCUUUUCUAUGACACUCCCAAUCUAUGCCCAGCUGGAUUCGGUGGAAUCGCUGUUGGACGAACUACCAUAUAUGUUUUAUUUGGGCCUGUUCUUUGUGAACGUCCUGAUCCUCUACUAUGCCUUCCUCAUGGAGUACAUCGUCCUGAAUGUGGGGAUAGUGUUCCUGCCUGAGGACAUGGACCAGGCGCUGGUGGACCUCGGGGUGUUGUCCGACCCAGCCUCUGUCCCUUAUGACACUGACACGGAGCUGGAUGUGUUUGAGGGGUAUCUCGAGUGACAGGACGGUCCUAGAGGAGGAAGAGGGGGAUGAAGAGGUGGUGGCCUGGGGGAGAAUGAGCCUUCCUUGGGCAGUGAUGGAAAGUGCCCAGAAGUGGAUGCUGCCUUUUUAUAGAGCGGACAAAUCAGCAAAAAAGUUGUCCCGGCUGAAAACGAGGUAACCCACGGAGGAGAUUCAGCAGCCAAAUGUUCAGCGACGGCCCCCCGGGAAGAGCACUCUGCACUGGAUAAGCUGUCAGUCUGCCGCCUCUCUAAAAAGCAAUCAAUAACGGCAUCCAGUGCACCCUCGCUUUAGACACAAUGACAGAUGAAAAAGGAAGCAACGGUGUGAUGCAAACAGAAAGAGACAGCUGGUUCCUGCGGAUGUCAAGUGAACGCUGCGAUAGAUGAGGAGCAUGACUCAGGCCGGGUCAGGCUCGGUGCAUCUGAUGGGACUGAACUGAGGCUGUGCAGAGCUGGCUGCUGAAUGAAGUGACCCAAACUCUCACACUUGAGUCCUACGCAGUGUGACAUCUCAGACGAACUGUUAAAGAGAAGGAAAAUAAUGCCACAUUUCAAACAGCUGCUCCUUCUGAAGCUGUCUUUGCAGACGAAGUCACCUGAGUGGACUGAAUUUAAAAUGUGUCCUUUGAGGCUGGCUGAUGUUUAUGUCUGCUUCAGGGAUGUACACACUCUCAGGAGUACUGUUACGAGACUUGACACUAACGCUGGACAGGCCGAAAACUGUAGGACUUACAAGCUCUCCUUUAAAUCAGGAUCACCAUGCUACACGCUGCACUCUUAUCAAACAGUAUUGAAGUAUUUAGAGGAGUAGAAAUAUGAAAGUAGAAGUUUUGUAGUUUCAUGCACAUUUACUUUUUCUCUGCAGAAAGUUUCUGCCGGACACUUUAGCUGGUUAGAAACAGACUGAAAUAAUAAUAACGACUCUUUAUGAUCUGCAAAAGUGAACCACACAAAGACAGAAUGCUCCUUUAAAGUUAUUCUAUAGGUUGACCUGCCUGUCGACUCAGCUGUGCCCCCAGUCAUGCAAAUUUAAGUUCAACUCUUACCCUUUAAAUUGUCUUAAAGGAUGCAUUGUAAAGAAAUCACUCCUGCACAGUCUGAAGGAAUAACCCUAAAUUAUUUUUGAACCAUCUGUAGCUUCAUUAUUCAACAGACGCUGCUGUAUUAUGAAGCCUCUGUUGAUGAUCAAGGCACAGCUCUGUCCACAGGGGGCGCCAAAUCAACAGUAACAGUUUGUUGAGCAGCACGUGUGUCAAACUUAACAGUCUGUGUAGUUACAAAGACUGAAGACUCACAGAAGAUGAAGAAAUGCUGAAAAUAUUUAACUUUUUUACUUUUAUUUGUUGCAUUUUAUUUUAAUUUCAUUGUUGGAGUUAAAGCAGAGACUCAUCCUUUGUGUGUGUGUUUAAAAACAAUCAGUCCACUUUUAAACACUCUUAUAUUUUUAUUCUUGACAGCAAUAACGAGCGGACUUUAACGAUGUGGAUUUAAAUGAAUGAGAGUGUGAGAGCCACUGAACACGUCUUCCAUCCAUGUGUCAGGUCUGGUUUAGAUGAGCCUGAUUAAAGUGAAGGUUCUCUUAGCAUUGAAAGUACUGUUCCAGGUUUGGGGAGCAUUCAGAGCCCAGCUGGUUUCAGAGAUGUUCAUUUUCAGAAGCAGCACAGAGGAGGGAUAUUUUCUUAUAGCAGACUUUUAGUAUCUGAACACACACACUGUGCAUCGUAUUCAUCGCAUCCUAGAAGCUGUAGAGACUAAAACCAUCCUGAAACAUUUUGCACUUGCACGUUUGAAACUCCAAACAAGCAUCAGUCCAGGGUUUCUUUGCCUGACAGUAUUUAAAAUCACAUCCUGCGUGACAUCCUUCCACAGAGAGGGAUCUGCGGUGCUGCACUCACUUCAGAUGUCGUAUGGAACAAAGUAACGCCUUCUGCACGCUGGAGGUCAGGGUCAGGGUUCAAGAGGAGAGGCUAACUGGAGAGCAGGGAUGUGAGGAGAGUUAGAACUACGAGACCACGACUGUUUCAAAGAGUUCGACGUGUAAUGAUGGCUGAAACCAAAUUUUAUGAUUUCUUUUUCCAGGAAGCAAUAAUAUCUGAGGACACUUGCAAUGUUUUGAUAGUUUUUGCAUUUGUGUGAAUCAGUGUUCUUCAAGAAAUCUAUUUUUGGCAUUGAAAAAUCUAAAACAGCAUUUAGAUCACGACACUGACGCUCAGGAUCCUUGUAUACAAAAAGUACGUCAAACAUUUUGGUGUGGAGGUGAAUCAGAGUCAGGACGGGGUUCAGGGUGCUAUCUGAUGUAUGACCGGAGGCCGUGAUUGUAUUAUGAAUCAGCUGUGAUGAGAAGGGAUGCUGGUUUUUGUAUUUGUGCCGUUCUCCAGGCGCGACGCCACGCUCAGAAGUACCUAAUGAGACUGGAGGAGACUGUGACGGUUAUCGACUGACUGCUUGUGUCAUCCCUCCACCCCUGCUUCACUGCAGACCUGCUGCAAUAAGCUUUGGAUCCAACAGAGUUUUAUUUUCAAACAUGUACUUAAUAAACUUUUAGCCAACGCAA